UUCAUUUUUUUGUCAGAAACGGAGAACGCUUCCCUUUGUUGUUAGAAACGAACAACGCUUUUAGAAUCGUAACUCAAACAUAUUUCAAUUCCGAGCAUACGAUCGAUUUCUGUGUAUUCAAAGUCUUCAUGGUAUUGUUAGAAACCAAGAAAAAGUUUCUCAAGCUUACGAAACGUCCGUGAGUAAGGAACUAUUACAUACCAAACAAACAACGCUGCAUUUUGAUGUUGGAAACGAACAACUUUUCCCUUUGUUGUUAGGAACGAACAACGCUUUAAGAAUCUUCAUGGUGUUGUCGGAAACAAAGAGCGCUUUAGUUAUAAAAAUGUCUCAACGUUAUUGCCUAUUAAGAGUCUGAAAUUCAUAUCUUUUUAGUAUUUGUUUCUUUGGGGGACUUGACUUUUUUUUCAGGCGACAUAACUAAAAUCUCGGGCAACAUGACUUCGGGCAAGAUAACACUCGGGCGACUUGGCUGUAAACCAUCGCCAGAGUGAUUAUACUAAAUAAUAAAUGAUAGUAAAGUCCCGUUCAAACAGUCGUGAUAAUUGAUGAUAGUUUCAACUAUCAUGCUCGUUUGUAAACAGAGAAUCGUGGACUAUUGUCGAUUAUAAAAUAAUUCAAAUAGUACGCGCGCUCUGAUUGGCCAUAAAACCAUUUUACAUGAGCGUAUGUAAACACGGUUUUCGUUCCUCUUUCAUUAGUUAUUUUAUAAACUCGAUAACCUGGAAACCACUCCACUUCGCGUCGUGGUUUCCUACGCUUAUCUCGUGUUCUCCCAAACUCCCGCGUGUUUACAUCAGGCUAUGUAAACACGGAAACCAUUUUACAUUUCUUCACUAUCAUUGACUAUCAUGUAGUUUACCAAUCGCUCUGAGUCCUUUGACGAAGAGCUAACGCGCGCAACGUCAGCUUACAAAUUUUUCACGGAGGCUAAUUUACGUUAUCAACUCAAUUGAUAAAACUAGAUUGCCUUAUCAUGUAGUUUAGACAUAUUCAAAUUCGACACAAUAGUUGAUGAUAGUUUUUGCCUUUGAACGAGCGGAUGAUCAGUGAAUGAUGUUUUUGGGUCAGCAGUUUUGCUAAAAACGGGCUCAAACCGAAAUGACAAGGGGUUUAAUAGCUAAAAUAGUCGUCAAAAUUUCCCAGAAUUUCUUAUAGUUCACUGCCAUCAUCUCCUGGUAGGCCUCAGUAUCUUCAACUCGCAUCUUCUUAUCUAAAAUUUCAAAUGCUACCGAAAUUGCGGACCUAAGCGCGCGCCAUAUUUGUUUACAAUUAUGCGAUCUUAUUGCGUGAUUUUGUCAACUUUCAUCAACUGUCAUGAACCGUUUGAACGCAAAAACUAUUGUCGACUGUCAUGACCACCAUGACCGUUGGAACAGGGCUUAAUUCACCAUCGAGGAAUGAAAUAAAGGUUUUUGCAGAUGCAAUCCAAAUUCUCCUUAUGUUUACGUGGGGUCCAUUGAUAGGUAAUUUACAUUGUCCAUUCUUAUCUGUCAUUUGUGAACCCCCGUGGAGACAAAAUUACCACAUGUAGACUGGCCGAAUGAAGUAAUUUGGUAGCCAAGAAAACAAUAACCUGGUUCAUAGAAGUGUCGCCCCUUUGAAGUUCGCAUCUGAAUCAAUCGGCUGGUGUCUCAGUUCUUAUCAAACAGAAGUGACUUUGUAUCUGUUGAUCAGCCUAGAUCAGUUUACUAACAACAGAGCUACCAUGGAGAGAAUUUUUACUUACAUAGCUGCGUUGUUCACUCGUCUGCUGUUUUGCCUCCAUGCCAUUGCCAUGAUUUACUGGCUGGUGACUUUGAAGCAAGACAGAAUGUAUUUUCUGUUUUUACUUCUUCUCGUGGCUCUCUUAGUGGAAACAAUAAUCACUGUGGGAUUUCGAAAGGGACAUGAAUAUAGUUGGUUUUGUCCAAGCAUGUUUUUAUACCUGAUGACUAUGAUUCCCUGUGACUGGAUUGCUAAAAUAGAAGUGCUUGAUUGCGUCGCUUCCAGUAACGAUGCAAGUUCAACUUGCAUCACAGCUGUCAACGAAACCGAGGAGAUCUUUCAGUUUUUACAAGGAAUAAACAUCACCGACGACGAAAGACUACUGUACACCAUGGAGCAAGCUCUGGUUCUCAUCUUAGUCAUUGGCAGAUGGCUUCUUCCAAAAGGGGGAAUAUCACGUGAUCAGUUAUCCCAACUGUUGCUUAUCUACAUCGGUACAGCAGCGGACAUUAUGGAAUUCACUGAGAUCAUCAAAGAGGAUGACAUCAGAAAAACUAACCCAAAAAUGCUUCAGAAUCACCACUUUGUCAAUGCGGUUAUUUUGUUUUGGAGUGUUAGUCUCUUCCAGUUCCCUUUGACCAUUUAUGCGAUGGAAAGAUCAGCACAAAGACUCGAAAAAGAGAAGGCUGAGCUGGAAGAGCGGCUCAGAAAAGUUAAAGAAGAGAAAGAUUUUAGAAGAAGGAGAAAUCAAGUGGCGCCCUCACCGGCUUUGUAUAUUUAUAAAAAGGAUCAAAGUCGAGAAUACAAAGAAAAAGAAGAAAUUCGGGUUAGAUAUAUUCAGACUAAAUCUGGACUAGAGAUCAAACCUGUAAUGACGUCAGUAACAAGCAUGGAUGAAGAGGAAGCUGCUACGCAUGCUUCCCGAGGAAGAUGUAAUCGAUGUUGGAAAAGGUUUACCCAAGGUGUCGACAAUUUUGCAGGCAAAAUGAAAGAUUACACUGAGCUUGUAAGUUUACUUAUACCGAUGCUUAUGCAAGAUGGCCCUUUUCUUGUUAUUCGUCUCAUAGUCAUUGCCUAUUAUCAAAUUUACCAUGAUACUUUGUACUUUCUGACUGUCAAGAAUGCCUUGGUUGUUAUGCUUCAAGUCUACCGCAUCUUCGUUUUGUAUUACAAGCCACCAGAAGAGGACAUCGAUGAUUUUUUUCCAGACAGCGAUGGUUCUCACAGGCUUAACAAUGUACAGACCGCCAUUAAAUCCGUACAGCACACUCGUUUAGCCCUAAGCCUAGUUUCCAGGCUCCAGCAGCAGGCAAAAUGGCGCCGAAAGAGGAGCCUCAACUCUGGUCGUUUUAAAAUAAAGCGUCCCUCGCAUGAUCCCAAAGAUACGGACAGUUUACUUCUACAAUUGGAUUCAAAUUCAAGGGGCGAUACUUAGGACCUGGGACCCAUAGAAAGCCUGGUGUCAAAAAAAACUGACCGUUUUCGA